AUGACUGUGCACCUGUUGUGCCGACAGGUUGAUAUGGUUAUAGUCCCGGCAACUGCAGGACAAAUGGGUGUUUUACCUGGUCAUGUAGCUACAAUUGCGGAGCUAAAACCUGGGAUUCUGUCAGUUCAUGAAGGCAACGAUGUGACUAAGUAUUUCCUUAGCAGUGGUUUUGCUUUUGUCCAUGCAAACGCUGUUGCAGAUAUAAUUGCUAUUGAGGCCACACCAGUAGACCGCCUGGACCCAAAUUUGGUUCAGAAAGGCCUCGCAGACUUUCAACAAAAGCUAAACACUGCAUCAACAGACGUGGAGAAAGCUGAAGCACAAAUCGGCAUAGAUGUACACAGUGCUCUCAAUGCUGCUCUUACUGGUUGA